AUCAGCUGUGCAUGCGCCUGCAAGUCGUCGGCUUCCGGAAGUACUGUAAAUUCCGUCAAAAUGAGGAGCGGCACUUCUUAAUUGGAAGACAGCUGACAUCCAUGCCGACCCCAAAUCUGACUGACUGCAAUGAAAGUCAUCUUCAGCGAUAUGCCAGAGUAGAAAAACUUCGCCAACAUUUUUGGACAAGAUGGCAAAAGGAGUAUAUAUCCGAAAUGCAGCAGCGCCGAAAAUGGAAGGAAAAUCAUGUCAGCUUGAAAGUUGGUGAUCUUGUAUUGAUACAUGAAGAUUUCGUACCUCCCUUAGGUUGGAGGCUUGGCAGAGUCACACGCUUAUUCCCGGGUGUCGACGGAAUAUCGCGUGUUGCAGAUAUCGCCACUACACGGGGUAUUGUAAGAAGGCCUCUAGUUCGCCUUUGUCCAUUGCAAGAUGAAGACACCAACGGUUGAAGGAAAGAGCAAGAUGAAGACACCAACGGUUGAAAGAAGGAGCUUUCAACGGGGGCCAGGAUGUUGCAGCGCCUAAAUCUUUUAAUGUUAAUUUAGGUUUUUUUGUUUCAUCAAAUCAUGUUGUUGCUAUGUA